CCCCCAUUUCUUUCUCUUUCGAUGGCCUUGUUUGUAGGGUUGUAGGGUUCUGCCAUGAAAGGAGGUAGAUCGAAAACGGAGACCAAAAGGACCGAUAGCAAGCUUUCGGUGAAAAGAGGUGCUCCGAGCGAGAAGGCUGGUAAAAAGCCAGCGGCGAAGAAGGGGAAGGCUGCCAAGGACCCUAACAAGCCGAAGAGGCCUGCUAGUGCUUUCUUUGUUUUCAUGGAGGAGUUUAGGAAAACGUACAAAGAGAAGCAUCCUCACAACAAAUGCGUAGCCGCCGUGAGUGUUUUCACCUCAUUUGUUUUACAGAUUUCUGAUUUGUGGAUUUUGUUCAAGUUUGAUUUCAAGAAAAUGGAUGAGGGUCCAGUUGAUGAAGAAGAGUCUGACAAGUCAAGGUCGGAGGUGAACGAUGAGGAUGACGAAGACGAUGAGAGUGGGGAGAAAUCUAAGAAGAUGGAAAUAGAGCCUGGAAAGUUAUUCAUUGGUGGGAUUUCUUGGGACACGAACAAAGACCGUCUGAGAGAGUAUUUCCAAACUUUUGGUGAGGUAGUUGAAGCUGUGAUAAUGAAGGAUCGGAACACAGGGCGUGCUCGUGGUUUCGGUUUUGUUGUCUUUGCUGAUCCCUUUGUUGCAGAAAGAGCUGUUAGGGAAAAGCACAUCAUAGAUGGUAGAACUAUUUUUCUUACUUAUAUUUCAACGGGUAAUUUUGCUUACAUUAAGAAUUGA